CCGAUGCCCGAUGGUCAAACAUGGCGCGGCUGCUUGUGUUCAAUGGGUUUGUUUUUAUUUCUGCUUUAGUAUUUUUCAGUUAUUUAUUAGGUUUAAAUAGGUUUUUAACGAAACAAGGACAUAAUGGUUGUGAAAUGACAUAUAUGUAUGAAUACCCGCAGUUUGUUAGAGUAAGUCUACCGCCAAAUGUAACAGCCGAGUAUCGCCGAUAUGGCCUGUACGCGUACAGCGAGGGUCGGCAGACACAACAGACCCGUAAUAUGCAGUUCUCUGGUAUCCCAGUGCUCUUCAUUCCUGGACAGGGCGGCUCGCUCAAACAAGUUAGAUCAUUGGCGAGCGUGUCUCUCCGGAAGGCCUUCAGCUCUGAGUAUCAGUUUCACUUUGACUUCUUCACACUGGACCUGAACGAGGAGUACUCUGCAAUGUUCGGAGGAGUGCUGACCGACCAGACACGCUUCACUGUGCACGCCGUACAGAGAAUACUGUCACUGUACCGAAGAGUCAGGCCUGAUUCCUUAGUACUCAUCGGUCACUCCAUGGGAGGAAUGAUAGCCAAAGGGCUAUUUCUAGAGCCAGACUUUCCAACCCACGCAGUUCAUCUGGUGGUGACAUUGGCCACCCCUCACUCUCCCGUGGUCCUCACUGACCCUCUGCUGCAGGACUAUUAUCGUCGGGUCAGUCCCCACUGGCCUCCACCCGGAGGUAAUGUUACUGUUAUCUCUCUUGGCGGAGGUAUCAAAGAUCUGGUGGUGAGAUCUGGGCUCACCUUGAGUGAUCAGGCAGACAUCAGUGCCUUGACGACAGCUGUGCCAGAGGUCUGGAUGUCUGUGGACCACCUGUGUAUAUUGUGGUGUAAACAGCUGGUACUGGUUCUCGUCAGAGCAUUGUUUGACUGUGUGGACACCAAGACUCUCCAAAUAACCCGAGAUGCUCACUUGCGGCUCGAGGUCUUCAGGUAUCACCUGCUUGAGAGGUCAGCAGGGAAGAGAUAUCAUGAAGCUGUUCAUCCUCCUGAGGUGACCCUACCGUCCAACGCUGACUGGUUCGAGCUGGCAAUAACAAACUACGAAGAUUCCAAACCCCGUCGUGUUCCGUUGCAUAUGUUGGCACACCUGCGUCCAUCCAGUGCACCUGAGGACACGCUAGCUGUCGCGACCACCAAUCACAAGGCCAGGGAUUGGCUGUUUGCCUGUCGUCAGAUCACCUCAGUCAAUGGCAAGAGGUUUUGCCCCACUGUGGAGAACUUGUCAAACCUGGGCCGCAUCGCACCAGCUCGUUUUGGCAAACACAAGGUGGCAAUAGUUAGCACCAGGGACCUCCGGCUGCGUGGCCACAACUAUGUGGUCAUCCGGAUGCCACCUUCAGACGAACCGAGCUCAGUAAGGUAUGACAUGUUCUCAUCCACCUCCCGCACACUGACAGUGGCUCUCCCUCGAUGGUAUUUCCCCUUCCAAGCUACCACCCUGCUAGAGGCAACACCUCCCCACGCUCUCUUCUACACACUGGACCUGCCACAACUAGAGAGACCAUGGCAGGCAUACCGCUUGGUUAUUCAGGCACAGACAUGUACCAAUUUGUCACAACCUGUUGUCGCCACGCUACGUGUACCGUGGAGCCAUCAGCACUCCAGUGUUGUUAUCAGAAACAACGAGGGACUGACAUUGCCUAUAAUGCUCCACACGGCCCGGCCAGCAGAAUGGACUGUUCCGUCACCUUACGUAACAUUGUUCCUUGAUAGCAAAUGUACAUUUUCCGUCCGAAUAGAGAGUGCACCGGUGGACUCGCUGGCACAGUUGGUACGCCUGUUCUCUAGUCAGCUGGUUGCCUAUGUGGCGGCCAUCUUGCUACUGACUCUGAGACAACAGAUGAUGUCACUCUCCUCUCAACAGCACUGUUUGCUGUUCCAUCACGCGUUAUUGCAAGGAGCCAAGCCUUACUAUGUCCUGCCGGCUGUGAAAAUUGCGUCCAGCACUCUUAGUUGGUCGAAUGUCCCUGAGCCGCUGCGUUUCCUCUUGCCGACUCCGGAUCUGAGCUCCCUCCAGCAGUCUGGACUGGACUUUCUGCUGCUUCCACUGUUCCUGUACUCCGUAGCCUUCGCCCUCACUUUCCUGCUAGGACUCCUAGCCUACGUGGCCAUCGUCUGCAGUGGCUCUACACUCAACAAGUUCGCCCUCAAGUUUGUUGGCAAGUUGGCUGGUGUGAGCCGCACCUGGACUGAUUGGCUUAUGGCAGCAGUGGACAAGGUGCCUUUUGUCGUGUCAGUUGCGAUGGUGGCAAUACUGCUCAGCUCUUGCGGUGGUUUGGCCAUGGUCAUCGGAACCUUCUACUACUUCAUGAGGGUGUGCGGGAUGUAUGAAGACUACAUAGAACAGCUGUUCUUCGCACCUAUCAAGUAUGUCAAGGACAUGGUGAUGGCCAGAUGGAGAGGGCGAGAGCGACCAGUGGUGGAUGAUGUCAUUAAGGAGGCAGAAGAGCUGCUGUCACUGAAGAGUCUGACCCAAUUCAACUUCCACCUAACUGUGGUGAUGCUGUGGGGAACUGCCACCUUAGUCCACCUCCCCAGCGUUUUGGUCUGGGCACACAACUUCAAAUAUAAUCCAGUGUUGGACCCUGAUCCAGCCACAAUGUCAGCUCUAGUCUCCAGCAUUUGUGCUGCUGUCAUCUGGACCUUGGAUACUCCUAUCAGUGGCUCCAGCGGGGAGUUGUACAAGAUGAUGUCCAAUGUGAUGUUCGUCCUGGCUUGUUUGGUGCUGAUGUACUGUCCCAUCAGUCUUUUCAAUCUGCCUGUGCUGACAGCUGCAGCACUUGUGUGUUUAGUGCUUCACCAAUUUUACGAAUGGGUGGGGCUUCGGUGGCUCAAGGGUGAAGAGGAAGCUAACCCACUUGUUCCUGCUUCUGAUAGUGAACAGGAAUCAGAUGCUAGGGCCAUCGAGGGUGGUGGUGACACUGAGGAGGAAGACGAAGAAGAAGAAAAUUCCCCAACAGAAUCAGACAAGUCAGAACGAGAAUCGGAUAAGUAUGAAAGGGAAUCAGACAAGUCAGAACAGGAAUCGGACAAAUCUGAACGGGAAUCGGAAAGCCCUUCUCGGAUGAACUCUAGAAUGUCUGAGAUGUCCUUGUCAUCAUACGAGGCUGUUUCACUGACUGAACUGAAAGAACAACCGAAGAUCGAAGAUGAAGAAGAAGAAGAUGCUGGAGAGGAAGAUGUGGAGGAUGAUGAAGAAGAAGAGAUUGAUGAAAGUGAAGGUGAAAUAAAGGGAAAAAAUGAAACGGAACAAGAAAAUGUUCAGAAGAAAGAUCGGUUGAAAAGGAAGAGCUCAGAAUGAAAUCUUAUUGAGGAUAAAAUAGAAAAAGAGCGAUAAGAAACUUCACAGGUUUUUGCGAUUCUGAAAUAUUCCUUGAUUUUUAUUACAUAUCUCGGAUUAAUGUUUUAAAAACGUGUAUCUAGUCAUUUUAUUACACUACUUUGUCUUAAAUUAAGGCAAAUAUUGAUAAGCAUUUAUUCUAAUACAAUUUAAUCCUGAGGAAACUGCAAUAAUGUAACUCCUUCUUCUGGCAACAGUUUAUGUUAUUCAGUUAAGAGAAUUUUGUUUAAGUGAAUAGAAAUAUAAUGCUCCAAUGUAUAUUCAAAUAAUGCAAACCAGCAUCUAUGAUUGUUUUAAGUUUGUUCUUGGAGUAUAAUUUGUAUGGUUAAAGUUUGAUAAACAAAAACAUAAAAAGGCUCUUGUAAAAGUAAGAACUUAGCUUUUAGAUAACACCGUAAUUAUGGAGUGAAUUUUAUACUAGCGAAUUUUGGAAACCUAAAGCAGCUAUCAAAUUUUUUUAACUAUUUGAUUUUAUUUAAAUGUAAUAUAAUAGUUCCUACUUGACUGUUUGGAACAAGAUUUUGUCUAGCUUUCUUAAAACACCACUUACCGUUUUUUUUAUGUUACAUUACAACCUCUUCAAGAUUAAGACACCUUUUGUUGGCUUAUUUUGUAUGUUCUGUCUUUUUUUUAUCAUUGUUCCUUAGUAAACUAUUGCUGAUAACACUAUUUUAAAUAAUUUAGUUUUCUAAGUGUAAUAGUUUAACCCUAAAUCAGGGUAAAUGACCUUGGUAUGUAUUUCUUAUAUAUAGUGCUCACACUUCACCAGAUUUAGGGUUGAACCACAUUAAUAAUUUUAGUAAAAUAAAUAAACAAUUGUUUAUUGUUAAUUGUUUGACAAAUAUUUGUUGUAAGGAAAUGUUCACAAUAAAAAGCCAGUUGACCUAAUAUGAACAUCAUCUUUCUGUGUACUUGAUAAAGGUGCAAGACAUGACCUUAGUCAUGUUAUUAAUAUAAUAUGGUUGUAAUGUGAAACAAAUUAAUGAACUUAUCUUUCCUAUAUAGUGUAAAUUUUGUAUAUUCUCUUGAAUAUAGUAGUUUUACUCUGAUAUUAUUUCUUAUCCUUGGGGGUUGGGAUGCUCCCAAAGGGAUAAACAUAAAAUCAUCUGCUUAUUGUAACAUCCUCAAGAACCAGAAGAAUUAGAACAGGAAAAGGAGAGAUAAUUAAAGUGAUUGUCCAAUCCGACCUUUUUCUUCAAGUUCAGAACAGAUGGGGCCAUUGUGAAUCAAUGUUGAGUCAUCAAACCAGUAUUCCUGUUCCGAUAAUGUUGAGCAAGCUAAAAUACUGGCAGCUAUUGCUUGCUGCUCGGUUUUUUACUGUGAGUAACGAAAUUUUGCUCAAAAAAUAACUCUAACUUUCAUUUGUAGUUUUUUGGAUGACUAAAAAUUGCUUUUCAGUGAUUACAUUUCAUUCUCAGAUCAUGAUUAUAUUUGCUGAGUGGUAAAUAUUCAGAAUAUCCAAUAUUGUUGUAGUUUAACACUGCUUUUCUGUAAAUUUAAAUUUUUUUACAAAUGUUUGGAAUUUUGAAAAGUUUUGGUGUUAAGUAAAUGGAAUAGACAUUAUUUUCAAUAGUUUUAUAUUCCACCAUUGCUAGUGAAAUAUGUACUUAAGUAUUGAUCAGCAGAUUUUGGUUAUUUUAAAACAAAAAUAAUUAAAGAUGUCUGGCCAUAAGGGAAGGCAGCUACAGAUAACUCAAUAUUAUAAUGAGAUAAUGUUAGCAAUUUCACUGGAUGGCACACUAUAGAAAGGUCUGGGAGAAUCUGCAGAAAUCCUGUUCACUCUACUGUAUUCUAAUUAGAUUUCAGUCUUCAGUCAAAUUUUCGGUUCUGUAUUGUUUGUUCUUAUACUGUCAACAUGUUAUUUUGCAGAUUCUCCUUUAGACUCUGUCUGAGGGGAUGUUUACUAAAAAUGUAAUUAUUGCCUUUACUCAGUGUAUAAGUACUCACAUUAUUUCACAAGUGAUUUAGGAAAAAUUCAUAAACGUCAUUCAAUAGAUUAAAUUAUGUAAAUAAUCCAGGUAGUUCAGUGUAUUCAAGUGAGAUCAAGCCUAUAAGAGUGUUUAUUUUGUUCAAUCUAAAUCAGUUUAUUCGUACAUGGAAACAGCACUAAGAAUCAGUUUGUGUAACAAGUCUAUAUUUCUGAGUGCAGAAUACCAAGGUCAGAGUCCAUUUCACUCAGACUGUUGCUUUUGCUGUCGUUAACUGACUCAGUAUUCCCGAGCUAUUGCUCAGUCUGUGGGUCGCCCCAUAAUGCAAAUUUAACUAAUAUUAUUCAAAACUCAACUCUGUUCAUCAAACAUAUAGCAGGUCAAGAAUAAAAGGAGAUAUACAGUGUAAUGCCCACAGUGAACUACAGUGUGUACAAUAAACAAUGGUAUUGUUCUACCGUACUCACCCAUAAACAAGUUCAAAGUGAACACUGUUGGUCAGACCGAUGAAGUAGGGCAGUAAGUAUGGCCAUUGACAUAUCCUGUACAUCCAACAUGAACCAACAAAAUUAAAUUUUACCAGCGAUGGUGUUAAAGAAAAUAUAUACGUUACAAACCAUAUAACCAACAAAUUAAGUCCGUCCCUUAUAAAACAAUUGGUUUCAUUGUUAAAGUAUUUUAUGUUUUCUUUUGUUUCACUUUGGUGUAUUGACAUUUUCUGUAAUCUUAAACGUAUUAUUAAAAAUCCAUUUAUAUUUUGAAAGCUAUUCUAAAAUGUUUGAAAAAAUAUAAUUUAAAGUAAUUUUUUCAAACUUUCUCUUUUGUAAAGUUAGUAUUUUAUAGAUUUGUAAACAAUGAGAAAGAGAUCUAGUAAAACUUUUGAAUAUAUAUUAAUGUCUUAUAUUUAUAACAAUUCUAUUUUUUAGUUUAUGUUGUGAUUUUUAGAUAAAAAUCGUAUAAAUACUUUUCAUUUCAAACUGUUUUUUUUUUUUUAUUGUUAUAAAUUGUUCAGCUGUAUUUAAAGCUUAAAGUUUUAUAAGUUUUUGACUUAAGUUAUAACAGAAAAGCAUCUGAAACAUUGUUUUCCUCCUUUUAAAAACUUAUCUUGAUUAGCCUGUAUAAUCGACAACACAAGAGAAAUCCAUAGGUGGUGAGGCUACAAAUAACGUGCUGUUAUAGCUAAUACGCAUUGCAUUGUGUGAUAUUGCUGUUAAGUCUUACCUUUCUCUAAUAAUACUUGGCUGAUACUAUCUAAAUUAUAAGGCCUGAGUGUUCUGGUAUCAUAAAUCUUAUAGUGACCAAAGCAUUUUUACAUCUGUCAGCUUGAGUGAGGUCUAUUGAAAAUAAAGACUAAGAUUCAGACUGCAGUUUAUUGUCAAUAUCAACUGAUUUACAAUUGACAUGCUUUGUCCUAAGUUUUAUCCCAGUUACGAUUUGGGUGAUAUUUAAAUACCAUAAUCUUCUUCAAGAGUCUGAGCUGUUGCCAGUUUUUCGGUAGGUGUUUCUGAACCCUCAAUGCACAACCUUUAUUGUAACCAAACUUUUCCACCAAAUUUGGAGGAAAUGUUCCAUCGCAAAGUAAUGAUUUUCAGAAAAUGUUAUUGUUGUUUAUUAAUACUAAUUCAUCAGUCACAAGGCUGGAACUACCAUUGUAUGAACAUUGAUAUGGUCAUUUUCUUUUUAAAUCAGUGCAUGUGUAUUACCUCUCUCGGCUUUCACGAUUAUGCCUUCCCGUACAUAUCACAAAGUUGGUGGUGAAUUUAAAUUGGUUUGUGAUUUUUUGUCAAAAAUUACAGAAUACACUCACACGGGGUGAGAUUGUCUAUUGCAGUGCAUAAUUAAAUGUCAUAGAGGAGGGACACCCCACAACUGCUGUACAUACAGAUAUCAGUACCUUUUGAUAACAAGAUGGUGGAUUCAGCUCCACCCACCACAGCUGUCAUACUUACGGUAAUCUUACUAAAAAUAAUACAUGUCAUUUUAAAAAAAGAAUUAGUAAUUCUUCAUGAGCUGAAGUCGGAAUUGGGCACUUAGCCCUUUAUUCUAGAUGUAUUAGCAUCACGUCAGAAUUCUAGUUUUGUAAUAGCUUUCAAAAUUAAGAACCAUGUUUCCAUGUUAAUAACCAUACGCUUCUCUCCUAUUGGCUUUUCUCAACGGGCUUCUCUUGUGCUGCUCAAUAUAGGUUGUAACAAUUACCAUCCGAGAACUAAGCCAACUAAAUGAGUUAUUUUGUUGUAAAACUAUUUUACUAGUAUUUAAAUAUUUAUGUUACCUUAGAUUAAGAAAAGCAACCGUUGAAAAGAAUCUUAUAAGAGUAAAAAUUUGUUUUUUAAUAUUUAUAAUUAUUCUUAAGAUGUAUUUGAACAGUAGAAUAUUUUUGUAAUGUUUGUAAAUGUAAAGUUUUGUCAGAAGUGGUUAAUGUAUUAAUAUACAUUUUUAUUAAUAAUAGUGUUCAUUUUAAAAUUAAUAAAAACUUUUUUUUAAUUCACUUAAAAUGAAUUCAUCUCAGCUAUUUAAUUAAGUUGCAGUAAUGUAAUACACUCAAUAGUAGCGCAAUGUUCUAUUUGUAACAUUUAAGUUCUUUAAGUUGUUAGCAUUUUUAGAUUUUACUGUAAAUCAUUUGUGUUCAUUUUGUAAUUGUGUUUCUUAUUUAUUAUUUUACAUAAUAGUGUUGUAUUCUAUUUCAUUAAAACUAACUUCUUUAUUUUUUACUACCA